UGUAAGAACUCAGUUGGCUUGGUUGCUGCAAACAGUAAGCAUUCAAUAGUCGAAGCGAAUGAAAGCAUUUGUUGAGCUUUUGAGAAGAGCAUCCAGCAGUUGAAUGUGUGAAUGUUAAAAAAUAACUGUUGCUUGCGUAGUUUGAAAUUAGUAGUAGUUGUGUGGCCAUUUAAGUUACUCGGCAAAUUAAUUUAAUAUUGUUUUAUAAUUGAAUUAGAACUUAAACGACGUAAAAUUAAUUAAACGCAGUGAACCAAUAAAGUCAAGUAGAGUACGAGAGUGAGAAUUUGUACAACAACGAGAAGUAACUAAAGUUGUGCAAUUAACGGACUUAACGCGGAAGAAGGUGCAAAGUGCAUACAUUAUAUUUAAAUUGUGUUCCUAAGGCUACAGCAAAGCUACUAAAACUCAAAAUGAACCAUUCCCACUGCGAGCGACAAUCUAAGUGUAAAUUCCUUCCGACCAUUUUCCACGUACUACUCGUAACCACCAUUUUGAAAAUCAAAUUUUCGGCAGUGAAUGCUGCCUCAGCAGUAGGGGAAGAUGCAGCUACUGGCGUCGUGCUCUCGACGGGCAACGAAGAGAAACGGAAUUGGCAAGCGCUUCAGGGUCCGUGGGGUAAACGUGCACACUAUACUGGUCCAACAUUGCCUGAGGCCAACAACGAACAAGAGGAUGAUGAACGGCUAGUACCGCUAUUGAUAAGCAAUGGCGAACGUGAUGAACCAUUUCUCAAGUACUCCAUGAUGUACCUAACCAACGCUGGUACGCUAGAUCGUUUGUUGAAUGAAAAACAAGAGGAGCAAAGUGGGCUAAGAUUCAAUGAUGAGCUGCCAACGUCUAUUGAGGAUAAUGAAGGCUUUAUUACUAACAACAACAACAAUGGCGACAACGAUUUGCUAAAUGAGAAACGUGCUUGGAACAAAAUGAAUACUGCAUGGGGUAAGAGACGUAAUACGCCAACAUGGAAUAAGUUCAGGGGUGCAUGGGGCAAACGCGAACCGGGCUGGAAUAAUCUCAAGGGCAUGUGGGGCAAGCGUUCGUCGAAGGAUUGGGUGAAGUUGCAUGGCGGCUGGGGCAAACGCGCUUUGAACUAAAUUGAAACACACGCAAUGGAGUCAAUUUUGGCAUUAACUCUCUUAACUGGAUGUGUAGCUAUAAACGCAAUAACUGACUACCGACCUUUUAAGAGGAAAUCAAA